AUGAACUGAAAAUUCGAAUUCACGUGCAUCCAGUGCAGUUAAAACUUAAAUCACUGAAUAAUGAAUUAUAUGUUGUCACAGAGACGUUUCUCAUUGGCCGGUAAAAGUGCAUCAUGAUUGCACUUUGUACGAGCCGUGUCGAACAAGUGCGAAGAAAGAAAAAAUAACCACAAAUUGUUUCUACAAUUGGGCGAAUAGGCGAAAGAAAUAAAUUGCUUAUUUAACGGUAAAACCGAUGAUUUUGCCUACUCGUGGGCGCCCCAGAAUCCACAAAAUUCCUAACGGUUGAUCGUCAACGUGGGAUUACCUCAACAGUCUAAUAAUAAUACAUCGUGUAACUACAUAGAAUGCAGUUAAAUUAAAAUUAUACGCUAUACAGAAAUUAAACAAGGAAUAACACUUGGUGACACAAAGUGUCGUGAGUUGCAAGAGUUUCACAGCAAUGUCAAAAUCCUACGACGAAACUGUCGGUACACGAUCGAUGCAACAUUGUUUAACAUGACUCCCAGUGAUACACAAGAGGCUUCGAAGAUUUUCAUUUGAUUGAAAUAGAAUCUGGAUAUGAGAGAUAUUACUUUCGCUCGAGGACAGUUAUAUCUGUUCGUCAGUAUGCUCCAUGGGUGCUGUUAUUUCGUGAAUCGCGAAUGUUUGAACGAAAUUCGGAGCGGAUAACCUAAACAGUUUAUUUAUGCCUACUACUGUAUAUAAGUUUUGUUUUGUAGCUAUUAAGGGACACCCCGAACAUUCAAAAUGUUGGAAGGACUCGUUGCGUGGGUGUUGAACAAUUAUCUCGGGAAAUAUGUUGAAAACUUGAAUACAGAUCAACUUAGCAUAGCUUUAUUGUCGGGAGAGGUGGAAUUAGAGAAUCUUCCCUUGAAGAAGGAAGCUUUAAGGCACAUCGGGCUACCGAUUGAGAUAAAAGCUGGUUUUAUAGGGAAGGUCAGGGUGCAGGUGCCUGUUCGUCAGAUCAGAACAGCAUCCUGGGUUAUAGUCAUAGAGCAACUGUACUUAGUGGCUGGACCAAUAAGUUUGAACGAGUUCGAUAACGAGGCCGAAGAACACGCAAUUUUAGAGUACAAACUGAGUCGGUUGGAUUCGUUGGAAGCAAGAUGGAGGGCGGACACAGACUCCCGCGAUCCCGGUUACUAUGCCACCAGUUACAGUUCUUGGGUGAAUUAUGGAACGUCGUUGAUGACAAGUAUCAUCGAGAACUUACAAUUUCACAUUAAAGAUGUACAUAUAAGAUACGAGGAUGGGGUGACGUUGUCGAAUGGUGGCGGGAUUGCACUCGGUAUAACGAUAGGAUCGCUAACUGCACAAAGUUGCGAUGCCAGUUGGAUACCUGGAUCCACUUCGUGGAACCUGACAGACGCCUCCUUGAAGCUGAUGGAGCUCGACAGGCUCGCUGUUUAUUGGAAUCAAUUGAAAACAGACGAGUUUUUCGGGUCCCUCAAUCUCGGUGAUUUAGCUAUUGCUAUGAGCGAGUCGAAGAACGUAGCGAAAAAGUACAUAUUGUCGCCCGUUAAUGCAAAAGCGUAUAUUAAAAGGGACAGAUCAGAACGACCACUGAGAUCCACAAACAAGCCAAGAAUAGUGGUAGAUCUUCAUCUAGAUGAAGUGCCAUUAUGCCUCACAGAUGUACAGUAUAACCAGGCAGUGAAAUGCAUAAGGGGUCUGAAAGACAUAGAGCGUCAGAAACAGCAAAGACGUUGUCGUCCAUCAGUUAGUGUAUCUACAGCGCCUAAGGAAUGGUGGAAGUACGCUGCGCGCUGCCAUCUUGGCAAAGAAGCUCUCAAACCUAAGCCAACUUGGGAGGACAUGCUUUGCAGAGGGAAAGAGAAUAUUUUAUACGUCGACAGCUAUACUAAGUUGUUAGGAACGCCAACGAGUAUUUUACCGAUGGAUAUAAAGCAAAUCAAGGAGAAAGUGGAGCAAGAGCGCAAUUUCGACGAGCUUAGAGUGCUGCGGGAGAUAGCAAUGUACAGGGUCAAGCCGCCGAAGCCUGCUCCGAACGUGAACGAAAACGUGCCUCAAGGUCGUGGCAUGCUGGAGCAGUGGUUUCCGCAAUGGUGGGGUUGGUACUCGAAGGCACCUAACACAAACACCCAAGCCACAUCCUCUACCUUUGAUGGGGAGCUUUUGGAUGUGCUAGCAGACACUAUAGACGACGACACCCUCCUCCGCCGCGACAUGAUAUUCGGCCAGUUUAAUUUUACACUGUCCAAGGGAGCAAUAUCCCUCUGUACAGUCAAGGCCGAACAAGCGAAGACUGUGAUAGAGUUGCAAUUCGAACGGGUAAACCUGAGCUACGAGUCCAGGCCUAGGUCUGGGUCUCACAAGUUCACGAUCAGUUUGGGGGCUCUGUACUUGCACGAUUAUCUCACGGAGAACUCGACUUUCCCUAUUCUUGUACAGCCCCAGGUGGUGUCCACCAUAGUCUCCCGUGCGCGUAGCUCCUCAGAGAAACUGACCAAUCAAUUGCCACAGCAUCUAUUCGAGAUGACUUAUGAGAAACGUCCACUUCAUAUAACCGCCGAUCACUCGUUGCACGUGAAUUCGAAGUCGUUGGACGUGGUGUACAAUCCCGCUGUGAUUUCUUGGCUCAUCGACUUCAUGUGCGAGCCUCACAGGUCCUCCACCACGCAAAGGAUACAGGCGAUGAAGCGCAGAACGCACAGGCAGCUGAUCAAGAACUGGGAGCAGAUUCUGGAGGGCGACUUUGUCUAUCGGUCAUCUUGGGACUUGCAGUUUAAUAUAUCUGCACCCCAGAUCCUGCUGGUGGAGAAUUUCACAGAUUCAAAUGCUGCGGUUGUGGUUGUUGACUUUGGCAAGCUUCACUUGACGAAUAGUGUUCAAAACGAUGAGGUCGUCAUCAAGCCAGGCUCGGGGACCAACAGCGACGAUGAGGACGAGAGAUUCGAGACACCUUGUUCUACACCACCUGGUAGCCAGGAGAACGGCUCCGUCCAGGAUUUUCAAACUAUAUCAGAGACAGCUUUGCACCAAAAGUUGUACGACCAUUACUCUAUCAACCUAGUCGAUCUGCAGAUCUUAGUGGGUAAGGUGAAGGACAACUGGAAACAUGGCCGCACCAGAGGCAUGUCGAGUCUGCACGUCCUAGAGCGUUUCAACAUAUCCCUGCAGAUCGAGAGACGUGUGUUCAACACAUCAGACCCUAAUUUUCCUUCCGUGACGGUGUCCGGGAAUCUGCCGAGAUUAGUGGUGCACGUUAACGAACAGAAGGUAGAGGCGAUUAGGCUGAUGUACAAUUUGCUUUCGAACUUCUCCAAAUCAACAGGCAUUGCACAAACUGGCGUGAUCAGUGAAGAACCUGAGAGUCCGAAGAAAGAGGAGUCAACAGACAAGUCUCUGAGUCACGCCGUGAUGGUUCAGUUCAUUAUCGAUCAGAUGACUUUCGAGCUGCAGUCAAGAGGUCGCAGUGUCGCGGAGUUGCAGGUCUCCGGAGUUAGAGCAGCGUUCAGUAAAAGGACUGCGGAUGUUUGUGUUUCUUUGUCUGUUCACGGUUUACUUUUGGUUGAUGCACUUCAAGAAUUUGGGCCUGACUUCGAGUUGUUAGUUGCCAGCCACAAACACGUCGGGAUGGACAGUGUCUCCGGGAGCCUGAGGGACUCUGAACCCACCUCGCCAGUUUCUCCGGUGUCCCCUGGCUCCCCUGACCCUAACGUACCAAGACGCCUAACUUCUCCAAUUGCUUUGACCAAUGCUUUGUCCAAUCUAGCGACUAGAUCAAAGAACUUGCAAUCCUCAAAGAAUAACUCGUUCAUCGAGUUAGACAAGACGGACUCCGAAGCUCUGAUAGUCGUAGAACUGACCCUAGUGUACGACACCUUAGAGAACCUGAGGGUGGCUAACAUACAGUUCAACAAUCUGGAUAUAAUCGCCAAUCAGGAGACGAUAGUAGAGCUGAUGGGCUUUUUCAGGAGGAUAUUCCCGUCACAGAAGAUGAGACCGGGGCACAUAGAGAGACAGGAGUCCAUGUCGAGUCAGACUAUAGACUCCAAAGUGUCCACUAGGACCGAGAUAACUUUCGACUUCCAUAGGUUAAACGUACUACUCUUGAGGGCGGUGAUGCACGACAACCACCUGGUGGGUCAGAAGAUCGCCACAGCAACAAUGUGCGACGCCAGGAUACAGGCUACCUUGGCUGUGAACGCUUCGAUCUCUGGGUCCCUUGGGGGCCUACAGGUCCUGGACCAAACGCCAACUGGCAAGGUGCACCAGCGUAUCAUCAGCGUCGGAAGGGAUCCCAUCGCAGAUCCUCUUCAGCAACCAUUAGAGCACUUUACUAAUCUGUCCAAUCAGCCUGAAGCGUUGAGGUUCUCAGCAAAUCGGUGUACCAACCAAAAUGGCCAGCAUCAGGAUGGACCGGUGACGUUAAUAGAUCUGACGAUUCGCGUAGGCAGCGUCUGGUAUACUCAUGCUCCACACCUUCUCUCUGAACUACGCUCAUGUGCCGAUGACUUCAAACAGUAUUUGAAAAACCUAGCUCGCCAAAUCAGCGCAGCAGCUACAGACAUGGCAAUCGGCUUGGUCAACGCGGAGGACUGGUCCAUUCCGCCGCGUAGACGCUUACCAAGCCUCUCGGUAGACCUGGAACCCUCUGGCAGCGUGUCUUUGAAGCUGGACAUUCUUUUGGACAGUCCUGUGCUGGUUAUACCUCGAUCAUCCCACAGUUGCCAAGUCUUCGUUGCUCAUCUCGGUACAAUGUCCAUGCAACACGAACCCCAUCUUGACUCUAUGGCGAAGCAUAAGCUAACUUUAGAGGUGCGGGACAUGAACAUAUACUCCCUUGAGGUGUCGCCGCAGGUCGGCAAAGGGCCCAACAAUUUGCCUCAAAGGGCCGAAGAGAUAUAUUCUUGCAAAGAGUCCGGGAAGCCAAUUUUGCACGAUACAGUAUUGAAAGUAGUAGUUGAGAUAGAGAAUACAUUAGCACAAACACCUAGUUUCUUCCUGGACAAUGAAUUCUCCAAUAACCCGGUGGUUCAGGUCCAUGGGGUCGUGACCAAGCCGUUAAAGGUCUCUCUAUCCAGAGGCCAAUACGAGCAACUGCUGGACACUAUCAACAGGAUGUUCUCGAUGCCAGUGGCAGUGCCCGUCGUCCAAAAGUCUCACGUGACCAACAAAUUGCCAAAUUAUUCCGACAAGCUGGUUGUAUCCAUGAAAGUCCUGUUUGAACUGCCUACGUUGAGCGUGGAGUUGAAGCAAGGCCUUCUGGAACAGCCACUAGUCGAGCUAUCGAUGAGAGACUUUGUGGCAAAGUACGAGAAGCUACAGAAAAACGAAUCCACUAUUCAAGUCGCCCUGCGAUCGUUGCUCAUGGAGGAUUUGCUGUGUCCUGUUGGCUCCAGGCACAGGUGCAUGAUGCAGUCCUCUGCCCCAACACGUGCCAAGCUUCCUGCAGGUGUCUCCAAGUCUUGCCCAGAUCUGGCGUUUAUCCAACAAUUCAGAUGCGAGUUUGGACGGGGUAGCUUGCCCGAUAGAUUAGAAACUGACACCCUGUAUGGUGCCAUCCCUGAUCAUUGGCGUAGAAAGCCUGUCUCCUUAGUCGGCACCCCCAAUACUCCACCUCCCUCACCUGGUGCCGCCACGAGCGAGGAGAAUCUCGUGUUGAUGAGCAUCACUAUAACUGAGCCAGACCCUGAUCAGGAAGAAAAAGACCAGUUUCAACAGAAAAACAUAACCGUGGACUUUAACUGUCUGGACCUCGUGAUCAGCGUGGAGUCCUGGAUGGUGGUCUUCGACUUUUUCGGAUUCGCGGGACCAUCCGUAAUAAACUCCAAGCUUACCAUGCAGACAUCCAUCGACGUGGAUCAGCUGGGCAAGGCAGACAGCUUCCCCAUACGAUCGGAAACUGAGAUAGAAGUCAGGUCUCUGACGUUGGUGCUGAUACAAACUGAAAGGGAGAUUGCCAAAGCGAACGUAUCUAAUGCCAACAUGCACAUUCUGAAGGUGAAUGGGAAGACGAUGGUGUCCGGAUCCUUGGGGUCCAUGUCGCUGCUAGACCUCACGCCUCACGGGAGAUUCUAUAGAGAGAGGUUCCUCUCUUCUGGUAGAAAAGCUUUGAACUUUCAGUAUUCCAGCUACAUGGACUCGGAAAAGCGACCUUACGAUGCUCAAUUGAAGUUAGAAAUGUCCGCCGUUCACUAUGUACACACCCAGAGAUUCGUGGCGGAGCUGCAGGCGUUCUUCGCGCACUUCUCUCAGCUCUGGACCAUCAUGGCGAACCUGAAAGCUGGAUUAGGAGCUGUCAUAGACACCAGCAAGCGAAGCAUGAGACUGUCCUUGGAGCUUCAUGCAGGAGCUCCUGUCAUUUUGCUGCCGGUCAGCUCCAGAUCCGAUGAACUGAUACUAUUGGAUUUAGGAGAACUCACUGCUCACAACAAGUUCGCGGCUUCCGAGGUCAUAGACAAGUGUAUGCUGGACAUAAUGCUGCUCGAGCUGGUCAACAUGGACGUUUACGCUGCCAAAAGGAUGUCCUGCGACGACCAAAGCGAGAACAUGGACAGCUUGGUUGUAGGCGGUUUCCUAAUCAAGAAAUUGGGCUCAUCGUUGCUCACAGAGAUGUGCCACUUGAAACUGAGGAUAGAAAGGAACCUAGAUACUUAUAUUAGCAGAGAUAUACCUGAUUUAAGUAUACACGGGACUCUGUCGACGAUGGACUGUGCUUUGGACCCUGCUCAAUAUAUGCUGAUCCGAGGACUCUUGUCGUACAACAUCGGGGAGAAUUUGGAGGACUUGAGACAGUUCAUGCAGGAUCUGGACCAGACAGUCAAAUACUCCAUGGUCAGCGUGGAUAAUCGUGAGAAGAUCUGGAAGAAGUCUUGCAUCACGCUGGAGCUGGUGAACGUGACCGUGAAGCUACACCCUAAUCACAACAUUGCUGCUCUAGCCUGCAUCAAUUUUAUAAAAUCUCGGCUGACCUUGGAUUCCUUGAGCGACGGAUCGCAGGACAUAGAUUUAGUGUCUCAAGAAAUCUUGAUCACGGACACACGAUUCCAGGAUGAGCCUUCGAGUAUGCAGUCGAACGUGUUCACAGGGAUUCUUCAGCCUCUGAGGAACGCCAACAACGAGAACCGUGUGCAGGCUGAAGUGCAUCACAGGAGACGCAAAGCGAACGCAGCGACCACCAUUUUGGUACACAGCAUGCGGCUGACGGCCAUCUUGGAUUGGUGGGAAACCGUGAAGGACUUCCUGAUAUUGAACUCUCCGGAACCUGCGCCCAUCAUCGGCAUGGCACAGUUUUACGCGGAGAACAAUCAGGAAAAUGAUAAUAAUGCUUCGUCUACCAUACCUCUGGAACUGAAGAUCAAUAUCACGGAUUCAGAGCUGGUGAUUGUGGAGGACACGUCGGUGUCUGACACAAACGCUGUCAUCCUGAAGAGCACAGCAGUUUUAUCAUACAGAUCUGCGCCGCAAGAAGGAGAGAAGCCUUUGUCCUGUAACUUGUCUCAUUGUGAACUGUUCUCUUGCAUUCCUGGUCUAGAAGAGGAAACCGCCUUGUCGAUCAUUGACCCAGUGGGGGCCAGCUUGGACCUGACGCAGGACAAGUGUCUUGAGAUACAGUUGCAGCCAUUAUGUGUCAGGCUCAGCUACCAUGAUGUAACGAUGUUCUCCAGAAUGCUCAGUUCCCUACCAAAACAGACGCUAGUAGCCAAGCAACGCUCGAACGAGGUGUUGACGCCCACGGAGAAGCAAGUGCAGAAGUUGGCAGGGCUAGGAUUUGCGGACACAGACUGCAGAGAAGCCCUGGAUCUCUGCAAUGGCCAGCUGGACGAUGCAGCCUUGUGGCUGACACAGAACGCGAUGCCUAAUUCCGACGGGAGCACGAAACAAGAGUUUAUUUUUCAUACUAUUGAGUUACAGAUUUCCUGCGCUAGGAUCUGCAUUAUAGACGAUUGUAGGGACGCCGAUGUACCUCUUCUAGAGAUAACCUUAUCGGAUUUCAGCCUGAGGCAGGUUUGCCAAGGGCCUGGUUUAGUGUCCUCUAUGUCCAGCAUCGAUUACUAUAACAGAGUCCUCAGCGGAUGGGAGCCGUUCGUGGAACCUUGGCAGGCUACUGUGCAGUGGGAGCAGACUUUGACCAACUCCCUCAGCUCGAAGAGGCUACAGAUGUCCGUGGACUCUCAGAACUCUGUAGACGUUAAUGUGACCUCGACGUUGAUUGAGCUGAUAGAGCUGGUUAAGAACAACUGGAUGCAGGACUUCUACUCGACCUCGCUUAAGGACGUCAACCCGAACAAGCCGGUAGGGAAUGGGCAAGCCUACCGACGCAGGCUGCCCUUCAUUCCCUUCGCUUUGAAGAACGAGACAGGCUGUAAUCUAUGGUUCAAGACCAUCAUUGCAACCACAAACGACACCAAGGACGUGGGACCGAAUUUCAAACAGAAAAAUGUGUUCCAAAAGGACGACACUUGGAUCGAAGUCGUUCCAGGAGGCACUGUGCCAUUUACGUUCGAAGGGAGAGGGAAAUUGAGGCAUCAUGCGACGCAUAGCGUUAGGAGACAUCAGAUCACAGUGCUCGUAGAAGGGUGGACAGCUGUGGAGCCUGUAACUGUUGAUCGCGUCGGCAUAUAUUUCAGGCACGCCUACGAUAGCAGUACUAAUUUACAGGUGAGUGAACGUUUGCCAGAAGAAUCCUGUCUGUAUAUUAAUUAUCAUGGUCACUUUCAGGUGCUAGUACCUAAAGCUAGAAUAGUAUUUGCUGUUGAGUUAGAGGGGUCAGCUCGGAAGCUAGUAACAGUUAGAUCAGCAUUGCAGAUAUCGAAUAAGUUAGCGCACACGGUAGAGAUCAAGAUGGAGAAAUCGUUGCAUCAGUUUGAAUACUUAUCUUUGAUCACACCAAUCACCGAUAGAAUUUUCCAAGUACCAGCACAGUCCACCAUAUCGGUGCCGUUGACGCACACCGGUGUGCAGGUGUGUCUGAAACCUAUAAACGUGAACAACUUGUUCCAAUAUUGCACGGAAACGAUAGACUGGACGACAGUAAGGAAACCACUGGAAGUUAUAGAAAAUCGUAUUACAUGUAGAGCUAAUCAUAAUAAUAUAUUUAGGAUGUGUGUGGCUGUUAUGCGUAACAAUUAUCCGCCAGACAUUGGUCAUAUGCUGCCAGCACACACUAUAACUAUCAUGGCACCAAUCACGCUAAACAAUUUAUUGCCGCACGAGAUUUUGUUCAAAGUUGGUGCAGAAAGUAACAGAAUAGCAGCUGGUAGCAGUGCUGAUCUGCACGCAGUGAACAUUGAAGAGCAAUUAGAGAUUACAAUACAGAUUGAUGGUUACCCUGGAUCAGGAACGAUGCUACUGCCACCGAACGCUAACUCCUUCACUGCUCGCCUCAAGCUAGCCGACUUCUCCGGCAGAAUACUCUUUUUAUACGCAGCUAUCAAUGUAGAGAAAGGUUCUGCAAUACAAAUUAGCAUAACUUCGCCAUAUUGGAUCCUAAACAAGACUGGCCUGCCCCUAGUGUUCAGACAAGAAGGGGUUGGCGUCGAGGCAGCUGGACAAUUUGAGGAGCACGAGAAAGCCAGGAUGGUGGCGCCACUGCUGUUCUCCUUCAGCGAUGAAGAAGCUAGCAGGACAUUGUCAGUUAGGGUUGGCACCUCGGUGCACCCUCACGGUAUACCCCAGUGGUCCCAGCACUUUCAUCUGCAGCCUGGGAUACAGGUGCACAGGCUUAGGAUAUCCUUGCGCGAUGGCCGACCGGAUAUAGUUUACUUAAUCAGUGUCGCUACCAGGACUGCAAGAGGAAAGUACAGAGCCACGACAGUGGUCACAUUGUCACCUAGAUACCAGUUGCAUAAUAAGUCGAGCUUCACGCUGGAAUUGGCACAAAAAUGUUUCACUACGACCAUUAGUCAUCCAGACGCUCAAGCAACCUACAUCAGAACUAUGCCCGAUUGUCAUAUGCCCUUUCAUUGGCCAAGACUCGACAAAGACUUAUUGCUAUGCGUCCGGAUCAUAGACGUCAAGGACUGUAUGUGGUCUGGUGGCAUUAGGUUGGACGACAACUACUCCUUGACGAUUAAUAUCAGAGAUGCAGCCGGAAGGAUGCAUUUCCUCCGAGUGGACGUGGUGUUGCAAGAGAGCACGUAUUUCAUAGUGUUCACCGAUGCGGACACCAUGCCGCCGCCCAUUAGGGUGGAUAACUUCUCGGAGGUUCCUUUGGUGGUUAAUCAGGUCACCGUGCACGACAAUCUCCAAUGGACUGUGCGACCCCAUUCGUCAGUUCCAUACGCAUUGGAUGAACCAAUACAAUCCGCGGGUUUGGUGUUGACCGCACCAGGAGGCGUGACCGCCACCUACGACUUGAACAUUCUCGCUGAAGGGAGGGGGUUGACUUACGAGAAUUUUAUUUACAUUGCUUUCGCUGGGACUUUUAAAUCUGACUGUGACCUGGGAUCAGGAGAGUGUGGGUUGGAUCCAUUGGACGUGGAGACCCAAAGAUUGGUUCUAGAAGCUGGUCCUGGAGGCUGGGUGGCCUUGAGGAGAAAGCAAUAUGGCGCCAGGUCGCAGUUAUGGAGGAUGACCGGCGAUGGCCAGAUACAACACGAAGGGUCCAGUCCACCUAGAGACAAACACUCAAAGACACCUGAGACAGUGUUAGUGCUGGACAUAGCAGGCACUGCACCACAACCAUUUACCUACUGUGCGCUGGCCUUGAGGAAACCAGAUUCCAGAAGAAGAUCUACGCAGACCUGGCGGUUCACUGACGAUGGAAGGCUGUGCUGCGCGCACAAAAAUAUGUGUGUUCAAUCGAAAGACGGAUUUAUGGGACUACACGAAGGCGGCAGUGUCGCCCGUUGGCAAAUGUGGAGUGAAGCAGUGUUGGGCCCACAAACGCACAGCAGCCCUCCGCCGAUCGAGCAGCGCGUUGGAAGGCAAAAAUUGCGCCCAGGAUCUGGUUUCUUGUCCAUCAGAGUAACGACUGAUGGACCAACGAGGGUGUUGCAAGUACUGGACAUCAAGGAAAGGAAGAAGACCUUCGCUUUGUUAGAAGAACGCGACUGGUCUCACAUCGCCGUCAGCCACCGGCCAACUCAGAUAAACACAGACGCUGAGAGCCUAAACUCCAAAGAGUUGGAACUGAAGGUGAAUCUAACAGCUGGAAUAGGACUGUCAAUCGUCUCUAGAAGACCAGUUGAAGAGCUGCUGUUUGCCCGGCUGGCUGCCAUCACCUUGGAGCUUGUGCAAACUCCCGCAAACACCACCCUGGACUUGAGCAUAGAAGAUAUCCAAAUAGACAAUCAGCUGUUCGAAGCACAAUGUACCUCUGUCCUGUACGUCACUCGAGCAGCGCGUAUAGAUAGCGAACACCGUCCAGCGAUCCACGUGGUCGCCGAGAAGCUGAAGUCCAAGAACCAGAAUGCUGAGAUCUACAAGCACGUGAUCGUCAGCAUCAAGCCUCUCUGUAUCCACCUAGAAGAGAAGCUGAUUCUGAAGUUGGCUGCCUUCAUAGGGGCAGGACGGUCCGAACUAGAGGUACCAGUGGACGAGAACGACUUCAAGGCCCAGAGAUUCAUCUCCGAGGUCUCCGCAGCUCAUGCAAAACGGUACUACUUCGGUGCGUUAAAGAUCGUCCCUAGCCAGGUGAAACUCAGCGUGCUGACUACUACAAAGCUGCCGCGUCACCUCCAAGCGAUCAAAAGACAGUUGGGCCUGACCUUGAUCAAGUUCGAGGACGCUACCAUCGAGCUGGAGCCCUUCAUCAAGAGACAUCCGUUUGAGAGCUCCCAGUUUUUGGUACAUUCCAUUGUAAAGCACUACAAAGACGACUUGAAGUGGCAGGCUGCGGUGAUACUAGGUUCUGUAGACUUCCUUGGCAAUCCUCUUGGCUUCGUCAACGACGUCACGGAGGGAGUCUCCGGUCUGAUCUACGAGGGGAGCGUAAAAACCCUGGUGAAGAACGUGACCCAUGGCAUCUCCAACUCGGCUGCUAAGGUCACCGAGUCCUUGUCCGACGGAUUGGGUCGAGUCAUCAUGGAUGAAAGACACGAAGAAGCUAGACAGAGGAUCAGAGCUAAUACUGCUGGCAGCAGUGACCAUCUGGUAGCAGGAUUAAAGGGCUUUGGAUUUGGAUUGUUAGGAGGUGUAACUAGCAUCUUCAAGCAGACAUAUGAUGGUGCUGCUAAUGAAGGAUUUCCGGGCUUCUUCGCUGGCUUUGGCAAAGGGGUCGUCGGAACCAUCACGAAGCCAGUCGUGGGGGUGUUGGACCUUGCGACGGAGACUGCCACUGCUGUACGAGAAACCAGUAGGAGUGCUCACCGUACGAUACCAACAAGGGACAGGCCUCCUCGUGUGUCAAGUGGUCCAGCAGGUCUGCUACCACCCUACAAUCGCCAGCAGGCAGAGGGACAGGAGUUCCUCUACAUCAUAAACGACCAUGAUCACUCGGAACUGUUCGUCUCAUACGAGUGUCUCCGUAGUGGAACGGAGAACUUGAGGGUAUUGGUCUCCAACGAGAGGGUUCGCGUCAUUUCCGGCGGAACUAAGGGAGUAGUGACCGAAGUUAGCUUGGUGGACCUGUUGUACUGUCAACCAACGCAGAAAGUUGAAAACAACGGCACAACGUUGCACUACAUAGAACUCAUAUCCAGAUCAGACUCGACGAUAACCACCAACGUCGAUGGUCCUGAGCUUUUGAGGAGACCAAAAGUACGGUGUGACAAUGAGGACGUUGCUAAACGGGUAUCGCAACAAAUCAACUACGCUAAGGGGAUGCACGAGGAACGCAAUCUGACUCUGUCCUCGUCUGAUAACAUGCUCGACGACGUUCAGUACUACAAGUAAUAGCGGACGUCGUACCCGCGUGCUGCUGUUCAUGUAUAUUUCGCAUACUAGUCAGGGCUUUGGUUCUCUCUUUAUUAUUUCUCUAUUCUUAUCUCUCUUUUACGUUUUGUAACAGUGCACAUAAUGAUGCCUUACUACGCUUAAAACUAUGUUGACAAGACUGAUGCAAGGCACCAUCGAUGCUGCGGUGACGUGUGAAACUUUUUGCAGCGUAAUUGAGAAGAGAGGGCGCGAGAACGUUCCAUUGUCGCACAGGUAGCACACGUUAUACUUUUGAUACUACGAUAGCAGGAUAGAGAGGAUAAGUGAUCCCUUCGAAGAGUGCAAGAGAUUUUUUUUUAAUUAAUUCCGCGUGUCUACACGUACGCACUUGUAUUUUUGUCACGUGUGCGCGUAUAUGCGUGUGUGUGUCUGUGUGUGUGUGCGCAUAAUACAUAAGUACAAUUUGUAAAAUAUAGAUGAUUAAGGUACACGUAUCCAUUAAAAUAAUCUACUUAAGGCGAUGCUGCAUAAUAAGAGAAUUAACGAGAAACCAAAGUUUUUAUAUAGGAUAGCUAUUUAUUUUCUAAUUAACAUGUUCGAUAUUUUGCAUACUUUCGGUUCAAACAGAUCGUAUUUUUUAACGGUGAUAAGGGUAGCUGGACAACGCCACUAACGAACGUAUUAAAACUGUACAUUCUAUUUCUAACCGUGCGUGUAAAUCUACUUAAUAAACACUUGUACAAACACGUUAAUAGAAACGAUCGGAACAGCAUUAACACUUGUUAUAAGUUUAAUGCAUUGUACAGCUUAAGCGUAGGAUGGCCAGUGGGAAAAGUGUUUGCCCACCGCAGCAACGAAACUUCAACGAUCUUAACGUUGCAUUGAUAACGGCGAGCAAACAUUUUUCCCACCCCCUGUGUUAUAUAUUUCUAAAUAAGAUUGCACUGAAUAGAAACCGGUGAACGAUAUCGCGUAUAAAAUAGUAAGCAUGUUGACGAAGUGUAUAAUGAUCUAUUAUUGUAUACAACGAUUGUCUAGAUUUGUUACAUCCCGACCAUUUUCACACUGUCAAUAUAAUUUAAUAAAGAAAUCCUUCUAUUUUGUUCGAUA